ACAUGCACUGAUGCUAUAGUUGUGCCAAACAUCUGUAGAAUGAAUUGAUUCACUGUAUUAUCAUGUCCGUACAUGUUACUUCCUUUUCAUGCUUUUUGGCAUCACAAUCUGUGGUCCCUCCUUACUAUGAUGCAACCUGAAGAGGCGGAGCAAAAGUUUUCUUUUGGGGUGCAUAAAUUCUCAUCCUUGGAAUAUUCAAGCUUCAUUGAAUAGGGAUAUACAAUGGAGAUCAACAGAUCAGCUGCAUGUGUAGUGACAGUAUUGUGUAUUUGUGCCACAUCCGCUGCACAAGGAUUUUGCCAUAAUGACAAAGGGAGCCACAGCAAUGCAGGUUUCAGUGGACAGAUGGAAGGCAGCCAUCAUCUGCACUGUUGUGGAAAUGUGUCGUACAAGAUCUCAGAAAGUUCCUGCUGUAAUGGAAAUGUAACUCUGGGAUUAAGCCAGCUGGUGGCUGACUGCUGUGAUUCUGUAUCUUACAAUCCCCUUAACGAGAUUUGCUGUAAUGGCAGCAUACUGACACGAAGCAGCACUCACAUGAAAUGCUGUGGCAAAGCCAUGUACCUGACAACGACUCAUUUGUGUUGUGGUGGUGACAAAAUAUUUGAAUGGAAGGAAAAUCAUUCUUGUUGUGGCAAUGAAACAUAUGACAUGACAACCCACUGCUGCUGCACUAACCUUAAUCUAAAAGUAAAGCCUUAUAAUGACACUUGCUGUCCAAAAGCAACAGAUUCUGAUAAAAAAACAAAAUGCCAACAAGGCUCCCUUCCCACCUGCACACUCCCCAAAGUCUCAGAAUUGAAGUGUGGGUCUGAACCUUACAAUCCCCAGGAAAAAAUAUGUUGCUCAGGGAAUCUGUAUAAGAAGGCAUCAGCACUUACUAAGUGCUGUGGCAAAGAUGUUUACACUCUGUCAGAUGACAAUGUGCUGUGCUGUAAUGGAAUCCUUCAUCUCAAUGUGCCUGAGCAGUCAGAGUGUGUUGGAGGUGUUAUAUAUGCUCCACCAAACACUAUUUGCCAAAUGUCUGCUCGCCCCCGUCUUGGUGAGCACUGCUGUGGAGGACAAACCUUCAAUCCUCGCACACAUAUUUGCUGUAACGGACACAGCCACAACAAAACGAAUGGCAAUUAUUGUUGUGGUUCAGAAGUCUAUGACCUCCACAACCAGUUGUUGAGAUGCUGCUCAGGUCAUCUCUACAACCUAACACGUUUAAGUGGGGAAGCAGAGUGCUGUGGAAACCAUCUGCUGGAAUAUAAUAACAAUCAGAUUUGUUGUUCAUCCUCAACCAAUGCUAUAAUUUAUGACACCAAACCAAACCACCGUUGCUGUGGGCAUUACUACUACAACACAUCCCUGUGGAGCUGCUGUGCUGAACAUCUCAAACCAACACCAAAGCCUGACAGCUCUCCUGCAGAAUACAGGCUUAAACCACUAAUGGACCUGAUCCCUGAAAUGUGCAAUAAAACAAUGUUCUUUGGCAAAGUGGAGAGUUUGGCACUUGAAAAUGAUCAGCGUCAUGUGGUGUUGAAAGUUGUGUGGCAGGUCAACAUGAAAUCAGAAAAGGUCAUCAAAGACCCAUGGCUUCAUGUGUCCCUGGAUCACUGCAGCUCUCCUGCCACAGAGAGCGGCAUGACCUACCUUUGGGAGGAAAACCAUGAUAGGAAGUACAAGCUUCUCUCUCACCCUGUUGACCUAACCUCUGACAUGCAACUGUUAUAUGCUGUAUGUUACCAUAAAAAGGGAUAAAAAUAUGGAUUGAGGUCUACAAUAUUUCCCAUAAUUUUGAAGCAAAUUCAUGCAGGUUGUCAUAAGAUUUUUGUCCUGAAGAGAAUUUGUAUCCAUCAUUAAUGCUAAAUGACCCUUAAGACAAGUUUACCCUUUUAAGAGAAGUCUGUUACUGUACGCAGCAUUAUGGCAGAUGCCUCACAUGUUGUAUAUCUGUGCUUUUUUGCCUCACUGGAUAUUUUUAAUUAAUCUCAAUAAUAUAUCGAUCCUGUUGGGAGUGAUGCAUCUAUUUAUUCAGUCAGGUAAAUUUUAAGGUUUGUUAAUAUACAAAUUUUAAAAAGAGAAAUGGAAUCAGUUAUUGAGUUCUCUUAAAAGUAAUUUUUUUACAAAAGAAAUUAAUGGCUUUUAUCCUAAUCCUUGAAGACAGAGGUUAUUUCAUAUGUUUUUUUUAUAUUUUAAGAUGUUAAUAUAACAACAGCUCAAAUAUAAGCUUGAUGUAGCUAUGCAUUUAUUUUUAUUAUUAUUAUUAUUUUUCAUUUAAUUGUUGUUGUUAUUUUUUAUUUUUAUUUUUGACCAAUUUACAGGUUUGUUACUACUUGUCGAACAGUAAUCCUCAUUCAUUAAAUUUGACCUGAAAUGUAUUCUAAAUUUACUUAAUUUAGACUUAAAUUAAUAGACUUAAUUUAGAGACAAUCAUACAACAAGAUGUUAAGUGUUAAGAUGAAAUGUCCCUUAUCUGUCUGUCUCAUCUCAUCUGUCUGUCUAAUACAUGUAGUGGUUUGGGAGUUUUAAACUUCUCCAAACUCUUACAUAGUGUUCAGUUUCCAUGUCUCCUCUAUACAACUUUGAACACACCUUUCAUGUUAAAUGUUGUGUGAAGAAAGUUUACUUGUUCAAGUUGUAUUAUGGUAUU